GUGGCUCUUGCUUUUGCGUCACUCCUUUGAAGAUGUUCAGUGAUGCCAUGAUUGGUGGAAAUAGCUGUACUGCUCCCACCAAUGAAAUCCCGAGCUGUACAAAGAGAUCUACUCUGUCUCACCGAGUAGCAUCACCCUCUUAACCGUUACAAUGUUCUGCACUGGAGGGGGAGGAUGCAUAUCCAGACACAAAGCAUGACUUUCACUGUUAUGUCUGAGGACGCAUCUACCUUGGAUUAUAAACCUUCUAUACUUAAUCGGUCGAAAAGUUGGGACUGGAGUGAAAAGAUAUGGGAUAUACUGAACGUGAAAUGAUGUGGAACAGAUUACCGACAUGGCAGGUGUUUUUGUGGUGGCAUCAUUUCUUUCUUUUGUGGACUACAAUAGACGGACAGACUCGCUACAGCAUACCAGAAGAACUGAAACAGGGCUCUGUGGUAGGAAAUAUAGCCAAAGAUUUGGGUUUGGUUGUGUCUGAACUGCAUUGGCGUAAAUUGCGGUUAACCUCGGAAGCUGGUAAGCAGUAUUUUAGUGUGGACUUGGGGAAGGGAGAACUGGUGGUCACCGAUAGAAUAGAUAGGGAGGAAAUGUGUGGGCAAAAACCAUCGUGUUUAUUGCCUCUGGAACUAGUUAUUGAUAACCCUCUACAGCUGCACAGAGUCGAAAUUGAAAUACAGGACACCAAUGAUAAUUCUCCUAGUUUUCUUACAAAAGAAAAGGUGGUAAAAAUUGCAGAGCUGGUAAAUCCAGGUGCUCGAUUUCCUUUAGAAAGUGCGCAGGAUCCCGAUGUCGGCGUUAAUUCUGUGCGUUCUUACAUGCUAAGCAAAAACGACAAUUUCAAACUGACUGUUAAAAAUCACAAGGACGGAAGGAAGAUCCCUGAAUUAGUGCUUGAAAAACCUCUUGAUCGAGAAAAGAUGCCUGUACAUAAUCUCAUCCUCACCGCUGUAGAUGGUGGAGAUCCGGUGCGUUCAGGGACAUCUGAAAUUACAGUUAUAGUACUUGACAUCAAUGACAAUGCGCCCCAGUUUGAAAAACAAGUGUAUGAGACUAAUGUUAGUGAGAAAGCAACACCCGGGACUGAAAUACUGCACGUUAAGGCCAUGGAUGCAGACGAAGGAGUAAAUGGAGAAAUCGAAUAUUUUUUUGCAGAACGAACAUCGGAUUUGAUUUUGUCGUUAUUUGCCAUUGAAUCUUCUACUGGAACUAUAGUUGUUAGAGGAAAUUUAGACCAUGAAACAAACUCUUUACAUAGAUUUGAUAUUACUGCCAAAGACAAAGGAAAUCCUCAGAUGGAUGGGCACUGUGGGAUCGAAAUUAAAAUACUUGACAUUAACGACAAUAAUCCUGAAAUCAUUGUUACAUCUUUAACAUCGCCUGUUCCAGAAGACUCUGCAGUCGGGACAGUUAUUGCAUUAAUAAGUGCAAAAGACCCAGAUUCUGGUGACAAUGGCAAAGUUUUACUGACCUUAUCCCCCAAAUCCCCCUUUAAGUUAAACCCUUCCGUUUCUAACCAUUAUUCAUUAGUGACAAAUGGGCGACUUGACCGUGAAAAAAACGCC